AUGUUACCUGUACGUAUUGACGAGCAUGUCUUUCGAGCGUUAGAAGAUGUUCUCUCAUCGGAUGAUAAGGCUCUUAUUGAAGACAUCGACGAGUUCGAUUCGAAAAUGAAACCAAAGUUUAACGAUACUAUCGAUGAUGCAACCGAACCCUUACUUGCAGAAUUGAAGACGACUAUUCAACAUACCCUUCCGUCAGAGAAUAUAUUUACAUAUCGGGUUCGAUGGUGUGACGAAUCAAGCAGAUCUAUAUAUUUGAUUCAAUUUAAAGACGAUUUCUAUACAGCCAUUCAACGACAAAUCGAUUAUCAUAUGACGAAAACUCGAACGAAAGAAAUUUUAUACGACGAAGUUUUAGAACAUGCGAUACAAUGUAAAACACUGAAUGAACGUUAUUUUCCACGUGAUUAUCUACUUGCACAAAUAAAAAGUUAUGUAUUGUCAAAUGAGACAAGGCCAUGCACGAUUUAUGGUGAGUCUGGCACAGGAAAGUCAUCUAUUAUGGCUGAAGUGGCGAUCAAGAGUCCUGAUUGGUUUCCAGAUCCAAGCUCGGUCUCGAUUAUCUUUCGUUUUCUGGGCACGACACCGUUGUCUAGUGACAUUCGUCGACCACUUUUCUCGAUUAUGAAACAAAUCUGUCUUAUCUAUCAUCUCGAAAUGCCUUCUGUUGACGAGUUCAGUAAGCCAGAAGUUUUGAAGAAGAAGUUGGAGAGACUUUUAACUCUAAUUCCGACUAGUGAACGACUGAUUUUACUAUUUGAUUCUAUUGAUCAGCUGCAAGUGGAAGACUAUGAUUGUUCCAAGUGGUUGCUGACAAAGUAUCCACAGAAUAUUAAAUGCAUCUUAUCUACAAUACCCACUAUUUCUGACAAAAAACGGGAUCCUCCAGCUACCUAUGAGAUUCUUAAUGGAUUAAAAUCUUUAUUGGCCGAUGCACCAAUGGUACAGAUAACCGAAUUCGAUGAACAGUCAGCAAUGCAAGUGUUUCAAUCAUGGUUAAAACGCGAUCAUCGGCGGUUGACAUCACUACAAAUAAGUUGGUUAGAGCCCAAACUGCAACCUCAUACAGUUUUCACGGGAUUUUAUGAAACAGAUUCGGAACCGACGCCACUGUUCCUCUCGUUAAUAUACGAUAUAACCCUUCAAUGGCACUCUUACGAUGAAAACCCCGAUGAAGAUUUCAAUGGAGUCGAAACAACAAGCACUGCGAUUAAUUAUUUAUAUACACAAUUAUCCAAAAAGCAUAAUGAAGUAUUCUUUAAACGAGCAAUGGCAUAUCUUCAGCAAGCCGGUGGUUUGAGUGAGAUCGAAUUAGAAGACAUGCUAAGUGCUGACAACACUGUUUUGCAGGCCAUUUUUGUUCAUUAUCUUCCACCAUUGCACACUUUUCGAAUACCGAGUACUUUGUGGGUUCGUAUUCGUAAUGAUAUGCAAAACUAUUUAACAGAAAAGGAUAUUGACAAUACGCCUGUCAUCUACUUUUAUCACCGCAGCUUUCGAGACUAUGAAGUAUUGGAUGGAGAAGAGAGCAAGUCCGUCGAUCUCAUUCGAUGUGCUUACUUCGCUGAUAAUACCGCUGGUUAUCCCAAUUUGCUCGAACAACCCUUCGAAAUUCGUUCUCGAAAGCUUAUUGAAAGAAACAAUGGUAUUUCAACACUGCUUGUCGAUCGGCGCCUGACACAACAAUCACCCUACAUAUUCCGAAAUAAGCAGCAACACUGCACGUACAAUAUGCGACGAAUCAAUCAGCUUUGUGCAGUGAUCAGGGUUACUCUAGAAAAUAAGUCGACUCAUUAUAUACUAGCAAAUGCGAAAUAUGAUGAGGAAAAUAUCGCUUAUGAAGUGAGUUUUAAUACUAUUGCUGUUCUCAAAGAUCCACCAGGCCGUGAGAGCGUUUUUUUCAAUUCAGAAACUGAUGUUUAUUAUUCUGAAGGACAGUGCGAUCUGUUUUUCUAUCAUUUCAAUCGUCCUGAAGAUAGUCGACUGGAAAAAAUCGGUCCUUCACCUCCUGUUCAUCAUCAACCAUUUAGUCGACAGUUCUUUUCCAGAAAACUUCAUGAUACUCUCAUUUGGUUGAGUACUAACUCGAUCGUUGUUUUCCAUUCCUGUGGCAAUCAUUUCAUUAUUCACGGCGAAUAUCGUAGUGUCGAUGCUCCCAGUGAUUUAUCAAUACGUAACGAUUGUCAUGAUUCGAUUUGUUGUCUUCAUCAAAAUGCAUCUGUCAUCGAUAUUCAUUCACUUGGACAUACUUUCUUUAUCAUCGAUGGUGAAAAAUGUCAACUUCUUCGAAUUGAUACCCAGUCUCCAUUCAAAUUACAGACUGUCACACAUAUCAAGUUUAGCAUCGAUAUUCAAUUGACCUUCACAUUAGCCGAACAAUCGAAAUUGUUCAUCGUAUCCAGGGAUUACUCUUCAUUAGCGAUUUGGAAUGCUAAUAGUAAUACUCUGACAUAUCAAUCGAUACCGUUUGAUCGCCAUCCCCGAAUCAACAGAAUACUCGCUCUUCCAUCUGCUUUGGUCUAUCGUGAUAGUGAAGCUCAGGUAUAUUUAUAUGAGAGUGAGCCAGAAAUGAAAAGGAUUCUUCUCGGUCGAGCAGAUGUUUUCGAAAGCAUUGGUCAACGUUUGGCUCUAUUCGAUCAAGCUAAUCGUAGACUGAUCAUGUACGAUGUUAGUAGGAAAUUACGUGGCACUAUUCGUUUGAGAACCCCGUUGAAGACACUAUGUUUCACAGGCGAUGGCCAAUAUCUAUUAGGAAUAUCCUGCGAAAAGUCAUUAUUACUCAUGUAUAGUGUAAAUAACGGGAAACUUCUUCAAAAACUUUUCUUCGAUAAUCUAUCACCUUGGCUUCAGGCUACUACGGAUCGCCUCGUUUUAUAUCGUAGAAAUGAACUCGUUCUAUUGGUAGUCGCAGGAAAAGGCGUCACUUUACCAGACAGUAGUCUACGGGAAACCUCUCCAUUAUUUGAAAACAAGCAAUGGUUUGAUUGUCAUCUGAAGAAAGAAUGGACGAAAGCAAGCUAA